UCUGUCCUCUUUCUGAAGUUAUCUCUCUUCAAAAGCGGAGCACUAUAAAAGCUGCCCUCUUCUUCCUUCCCUUCUCUACCAUCUAAACUCCAAAUCAGUCGUUGCUCAUUCGGAGAAGCCAAAGACAACCUAUACUUCUCUUUGAUCGGGUUGAGUACUUGAAGAAGAUGUCAAGUAAUCUAAGUCUUCAUUCAUGGGAGUUGCGUGAAGGAUCACUUAUUCUGGACGAUUUUGUAUCAUUGAAUGAUAUGGUAAAACUGGGACUUGAGAAGCUUGUCGUGGAACUACGAGUUCAUCAACUGGAAUUCGAUAAUAAUUCUGGAGAUUUACUAAAUAACAUCCGGAAAACUUAUCUUAGACCCAUGCCUUAUGGCAUUCUGCGGCGACAUGAUGAUAUCUGGCGCCAUUUCUUCAAUCGUAUCCUUCUUGAGGGGGGAGUUUUGGGUUUGACUGAUGAGAUUAUGAUCGAAAAGAUGAUCUAUUUUUCUCGUACUAUUAUUAAGAGUACAAUUACUAGUACAGGUACAACUCGCAGUAACAUCCAAGACCCUGUGCCUUUAAUGAUUAUCGUAAUGAGGGUGGAGGAAGAACCGGAAGUCGUCCACACAUUCGUGCCAGCAAGUAAAUCAUCAAUUGAGGCAUUGGACAAGGUGGAGGUGGAUAGUUCUUGUUCUAUAGAUCAGUGUGUAAUAUGUUUGGAAAAGUUUAGUUUUGGUGUUGGCAUGGAAUUGGUCACUCGAAUGCCAUGCUCCCAUGUCUAUCAUGGAGAUUGUAUUGGUCAUUGGCUGCAAUUGAGUCAUUACUGUCCGAUUUGUCGCUUUGAGAUGCCAACAUGAACAAGAAUAUAUUAUGGAGAUUGUAUUGGUCAUUGGCUGCAAUUGAGUAAUUACUGUCCGAUUUGUCGCUUUGAGAUGCCAACAUGAACAAGAAUAUAUUUUUAUUAUUAUUUACGUAAUGUAACGUAGAUUGGAUGAAAGAGACUGCAUAAGGCAGAAUAGCAUUCAUAUGGUGUAAUAGUUCUAUGAAAUAAAUACUUCCUUUACUUCUGUUGUUGCA